CCUGAGCCUAAAAAGGGAGACAGACCGACUUGUAACGCCGUCUCCCACUGGCUCAAACCAUCCGCCAAUCCUGAACGGUGUUACAUUUCAGGAUAUUGUGUCAGACAUUUAUAAGUCUGCUCCAGGCAAAAACCUCGUCCAGAUCGCCUUUCCAACGUAAGUGCUACAGUGCGUGUGAUUCGUUUUGAUAUACUGCUCAACAUUAUUGUGUGUCCCACUUUCUAAGGAUUCUGUGAUCAGCGAUUGUGCAUAUGAGAGAUAGUGAUCUGUGAUGUCUGUCAUACAGUAUCAUACUAGCAAGCUUUGUGAUACGACCGAUCGUGUUGGAUAUACCUCUGUGUAACAAAUUACAAAGAUUCAUAACCUAAAAUCUAAUAGGUCACUAACGUUACGGCUGGUUGAUUUUUUUUGGAAUCGUACUUUGGUCUAAACGAAGGCUCCAGGGCUGUAUUACGUGUCUCGUUAGCCCCUUACAAGUCCGCCGUACACCAUGCCGAAAAAACCAGCAGCCGAUGAUGAGGAACCCGAUCCAACCCCAUACCUGUUCGUAUCGCUCGAACAGAAACGCAUCGACCAGACCAAGCCCUAUGAUGCCAAGAAAUCAUGCUGGGUACCGGACGACAAGGAAGGCUUCGUGCUUGGAGAGAUUAAGGGCACCAAGGGCGACCUCGUCACCGUCGCUAUUCCUGGAGGAGAGGAAAAGAACUUCAAAAAGGAACAAGUGACUCAAGUAAACCCGCCCAAGUACGAGAAGGCCGAGGAUAUGUCCAAUUUGACAUAUCUGAAUGACGCUUCAGUAUUACAUAACUUGAAGCAGCGUUACUAUGCCAAACUUAUUUAUACCUACUCCGGUCUUUUCUGUGUGGCCAUCAACCCCUACAAACGCUUCCCCGUAUACACGAACAGAUGCGCCAAGUUGUAUCGCGGUAAGAGGCGUAACGAAGUCCCACCACACAUUUUCGCCAUUUCUGACGGGGCCUACGUCAACAUGUUAACCAACCACGAAAAUCAAUCUAUGUUGAUUACUGGUGAGUCUGGUGCCGGUAAAACUGAAAACACGAAGAAAGUAAUCGCGUACUUCGCCACCGUCGGUGCAUCAUCAAAGAAAGGGGAAACUGAGAAGAAAGCCAAUCUUGAAGAUCAGGUCGUACAGACUAACCCUGUACUUGAAGCUUUCGGUAACGCCAAGACUGUGCGAAACGACAACUCUUCCCGUUUCGGUAAAUUCAUCCGUAUCCACUUCGGUCCAACUGGUAAACUGGCUGGUGCUGAUAUUGAAACAUAUCUGCUGGAGAAGGCCCGUGUCAUCUCUCAACAAACCCUGGAAAGAUCCUACCACAUUUUCUACCAACUCAUGUCUGGAUCCGUACCUGGAGUUAAAGAGAAGUGUUGUCUGUCAAAUGACGUCCACGACUAUAACUACGUAGCCCAAGGAAAAACUACGAUUCCCAACGUUGAUGACGGUGAAGAAUUUAAAUUGACAGAUGAAGCCUUCGACAUCCUUGGUUUCACACCAGAAGAAAAAGAGAAUGUAUACAAGAUUACAGCCGCUGUUAUGCAUAUGGGUACCAUGAAGUUCAAGCAAAGAGGUCGUGAAGAACAGGCUGAAGCCGACGGUCUUGAGGAUGGUGAACGUGUAGGCAAACUGUUGGGCGUUGACGCUGCCUCCUUGUACACUGCUUUUGUCAAGCCCAGGAUCAAAGUAGGUAACGAAUUCGUCACCCAGGGCCGUAACGUCAACCAGGUCAACUACUCGGUGGGCGCUAUGUCCAAAGCAGUCUUCGAUAGGCUGUUCAAAUUCUUGGUAAAGAAAUGUAACGAGACCUUGGACACUAAACAGAAAAGACAGCACUUCAUUGGUGUACUGGAUAUUGCCGGGUUUGAAAUUUUCGACUUCAACAGCUUUGAACAGCUUUGCAUCAACUUCACAAACGAAAAGUUGCAACAAUUCUUUAACCACCACAUGUUCGUACUUGAACAAGAAGAGUACCAAAGGGAAGGUAUUGAAUGGGCGUUUAUCGAUUUUGGUAUGGACUUAGCUGCCUGUAUCGAACUUAUUGAGAAGCCUAUGGGUAUCUUGUCAAUCCUUGAGGAAGAGUCUAUGUUCCCCAAAGCUACGGACAAGACUUUCGAGGAGAAGUUGAACACCAACCACUUGGGCAAAUCACCCAACUUCCAGAAACCAAAACCACCUAAGCCAGGUCAACAAGCCGCUCACUUCACGUUGGGUCAUUAUGCCGGCAACGUACCAUACAACAUCACCGGUUGGUUAGAAAAGAACAAGGAUCCCUUGAACGACACUGUUGUCGAUCUGUUCAAGAAAGGUACCAAUGCUCUUGUGCAGGAGAUCUUUUCUGAUCAUCCUGGUCAGACUGGAGCUGCCGCCGCUGAGAAAGGUGCCAAGAGAGCCAAAGGUUCAUCUUUCCAGACUGUAUCCAGUUUAUAUAGGGAACAACUGAACAACUUGAUGACCACCCUGAGGUCCACCCAACCUCACUUCGUACGUUGUAUCAUUCCAAAUGAAUUGAAACAACCCGGUGUCAUCGACUCACACUUGGUGAUGCACCAGCUGACCUGUAACGGUGUACUUGAAGGUAUCCGUAUCUGUAGGAAAGGAUUCCCCAACAGGAUGGUAUACCCUGACUUCAAGCUCCGAUACAAGAUCCUUAACCCAGCUGGAGCCCAAAAGGAAUCUGAUCCUAAAAAGUGUGCUGGUGUUAUCCUUGAAGCUACCGGUCUUGAAGCUGAUCUGUAUCGUCUAGGUCACACCAAGGUAUUCUUCAGAGCCGGUGUCCUGGGUCAGAUGGAGGAACUUCGUGACGAACGUUUGGGCAAGAUCGUUACCUGGAUGCAGUCCUGGGCCAGAGGUUACCUCUCUAGAAAAGAGUUCAAGAAACUACAAGAACAACGUUUGGCUCUCCAAGUGUGCCAGAGAAACUUGCGCAAAUACCUCAAACUGCGCACAUGGCCAUGGUACAAACUGUGGCAGAAGGUCAGACCUCUCCUCAACGUCACCCGUAUCGAGGAUGAGAUCGCCAAACUCGAAGAGAAGGCUGCCAAGGCCCAAGAAGCCUUCGAGCGUGAAGCCAAGGCCAAGAAGGAGUUGGAAGGCUUGUAUGCCAAGCUUCUGGCCGAGAAGACUGAACUACUGAGCAACUUGGAGGGCGAGAAGGGAAGUUUGUCUGACGUUACGGAGAGGGCCAACAAAUUACAGGCUCAGAAGAACGAUCUCGAGUCGCAGUUACAGGAAACCCAAGACCGUUUGAACCAAGAGGAGGAUGCCCGCAACCAACUCAUGCAACAGAAGAAGAAAUUGGAGCAGGAACUGUCCGGCCUCAAAAAGGAUAUGGAAGACAUGGAGCUUAACCUCCAGAAAGCUGAAGCCGACAAGGCCACCAAGGACCAUCAAAUCAGGAACUUGAACGAUGAAAUCGCCCACCAGGAUGAGCUCAUCAACAAGCUCAACAAGGAGAAGAAAUUGUCUGGUGAGAAUAACCAGAAGGUCUCUGAAGAACUCCAAGCCGCCGAAGACAAGGUCAACCACUUGAACAAGGUCAAAGCCAAACUGGAACAGACCUUGGACGAGUUGGAAGACUCUCUGGAGCGCGAGAAGAAACUACGCGCUGAUGUGGAGAAAUCUAAGCGCAAGGUUGAGGGUGACCUGAAACUCACCCAGGAAGCUGUUGCUGAUCUGGAACGCAAUAAGAAGGAACUGGAACAGACCAUCCAGAGGAAAGACAAAGAAAUCUCUUCUCUGAGCGCCAAACUGGAAGACGAACAAUCUGUGGUAGGUAAACAACAGAAACAGGUCAAAGAGCUUCAGGCCCGUAUCGAAGAGCUGGAAGAGGAAGUCGAAGCUGAACGCCAGGCUCGCGCUAAAGCUGAGAAGCAACGUGCCGAUCUCGCAAGGGAACUGGAAGAAUUGGGCGAGCGUCUGGAAGAAGCUGGUGGUGCCACUUCCGCCCAGAUCGAGCUGAACAAGAAGCGCGAAGCCGAACUAGCGAAACUCCGCAGGGACCUCGAGGAAGCGAACAUCCAACACGAGGCGACCUUGGCCAACUUGCGCAAGAAGCACAACGAUGCUGUCUCAGAAAUGGGUGAACAGAUCGACCAGCUCAACAAGCUGAAGGCCAAGGCUGAGAAAGAGAAGGCUCAGUACUUCGGCGAAGUGAACGACCUACGCGCCACUGUUGACCACUUGGCUAACGAAAAGGCCGCCAUCGAGAAGGUGUCCAAACAGCUUGGACAGCAACUCAACGACGUCCAAACCAAACUGGACGAGACCAACCGCACUUUGAACGACUUCGAUGCUGCCAAGAAGAAGCUGUCCAUCGAGAACUCUGACCUCCUAAGACAACUGGAGGAAGCCGAGUCUCAGGUGUCUCAGCUCAGCAAGAUCAAGGUGUCACUCACCACCCAAUUGGAAGACACCAAGAGGUUAGCCGACGAGGAAGCUCGCGAACGCGCUACUCUGUUGGGUAAAUUCCGCAACCUGGAACACGACUUGGAUAACAUCCGUGAACAGGUUGAAGAGGAAGCUGAAGCUAAGGCCGACCUCCAACGCCAACUCAGCAAGGCCAAUGCCGACGCUCAGCUUUGGAGGCAGAAAUACGAAUCCGAAGGAGUCGCUCGCUCCGAGGAACUCGAAGAGGCCAAGAGGAAGCUGCAGGCCCGUUUGGCAGAAGCCGAGGAGACCAUCGAAUCUCUCAACCAAAAAUGCGUUGCUCUGGAGAAGACCAAGCAGCGCCUUGCCACCGAAGUGGAAGACCUCCAACUGGAAGUGGACCGCGCCAAUGCUAUUGCCAACGCAGCCGAAAAGAAACAGAAGGCCUUCGACAAGAUCAUUGGAGAAUGGAAACUUAAGGUCGACGACCUUGCCGCAGAGCUCGAUGCCAGCCAGAAGGAAUGCAGAAACUACUCCACCGAACUGUUCAGGCUUAAGGGAGCUUACGAGGAAUCUCAGGAACAACUUGAAGCCGUACGCCGCGAGAACAAGAACCUCGCCGACGAAGUCAAGGACCUCCUGGACCAGAUCGGCGAAGGUGGCCGCAACAUCCACGAAAUCGAGAAGGCCAGGAAGCGCUUGGAGGCCGAAAAGGACGAGCUUCAAGCCGCUUUGGAGGAAGCCGAAGCUGCUCUCGAACAGGAAGAGAACAAAGUACUGCGCGCUCAACUGGAACUGUCUCAAGUACGACAGGAAAUCGACAGGCGCAUCCAAGAGAAGGAAGAGGAGUUCGAAAACACCAGGAAGAACCACCAACGUGCAUUGGACUCUAUGCAGGCUUCCCUUGAGGCCGAAGCCAAGGGUAAAGCUGAGGCCCUUCGCAUGAAGAAGAAGUUGGAAGCUGACAUCAAUGAAUUGGAGAUCGCUUUGGACCAUGCUAACAAGGCUAACGCCGAGGCCCAGAAGACCAUCAAACGCUACCAACAGCAACUGAAGGACACUCAGCAAGCCCUGGAGGAGGAACAACGUGCCCGCGACGAAGCCCGCGAACAACUGGGUAUAUCCGAACGCCGUGCCAAUGCCCUUCAAAACGAACUGGAGGAGUCUCGCACUCUCCUGGAACAGGCCGACCGUGCCCGUCGCCAGGCAGAACAGGAAUUGGGCGAUGCUCACGAACAACUGAAUGACCUCAGCGCCCAGAACGCCUCUCUGUCCGCUGCCAAGAGGAAGCUGGAGACAGAACUGCAGACCCUGCAUUCCGACUUAGACGAGCUGCUCAACGAGGCUAAGAACUCAGAAGAGAAGGCCAAAAAGGCAAUGGUUGAUGCUGCCAGAUUAGCUGAUGAGCUCCGCGCCGAACAGGAUCAUGCUCAGACACAAGAAAAACUGCGCAAGGCACUUGAGGCACAGAUCAAGGAUCUCCAAGUCAGGCUGGAUGAGGCUGAGGCAAACGCACUAAAAGGUGGCAAGAAGGCUAUCGCCAAACUGGAACAACGCGUCAGAGAGCUGGAGAACGAGCUGGAUGGCGAACAAAGGAGACACGCUGACGCCCAGAAGAACCUCAGGAAAUCUGAGCGCCGCAUCAAAGAGCUCAGCUUCCAGGCGGAAGAAGACCGCAAGAACCACGAACGUAUGCAGGAUCUGGUAGACAAACUGCAACAGAAGAUCAAGACAUACAAGAGGCAGAUCGAAGAAGCGGAAGAGAUUGCCGCCCUCAACUUGGCCAAAUUCCGCAAGGCACAGCAAGAGCUGGAGGAGGCUGAAGAACGUGCAGACCUCGCCGAACAGGCCAUCGCGAAAUUCCGUGCGAAGGGACGCUCAGGAUCAGCGGCGAGAGGAGCUAGUCCGGCGCCUAAACCUGCUGCACAGCGUUUAGCGGCAGCGUUGGAGUAGAUAGAGAGCAUUUUUCCCCCAAGACAGCGUCCAACAUUGGGGAUGGGUGAUCAACUUGGAGGGACUUUCCCCCCUAGGUUCGAUUUAGCCCCCGAACUUGAAUAAAACCCCAGCGCUGUGUUAAAGAAACGAACUUUUCUCGCAGUUUCCAUCCAUCACCAUCGUUCGAAACUGCGGACAUUUACUUUAUUUUUUAUGUUAUUUUUUCGUUUGAGUAUAUGAGUGUAAUUCCUGACUUUUGUAAAGGGGAGAACAUUCAGAAAAAAGGGACCUGAAAGAGACACGUACUUACCAUCGCACAGCCCUUUGGUCUGAAGUUCUCAACUCGAUAAACAAAAAACGCCAACUAUUUUAUAAAUGAGAAGUAGGAUAUAAAUAAAGAUCGUAUGUGUGACGUUGUAUGAUGUAAGGCACCAAUAAACUAAAGUUAUAUCUCGUUUUUUAUUCGUAUUUAUUUGUGAGUGGUAUUUUUUCACGAUUCUCCUUUUUCGCAAUAUCAUUCUCACACUCUGUAUUUAUUUUGUUGUUCAUUGUUAAUAUAUUGUACAAUAAAUAGAUUAUAUUAAUUUAUUAACAGGUUUGUUCUCAUUUACACCAAUGGAUAGAAACAUUCGCUAGCCAAGCUUGUAGUCCUCUUAUACAAUUCGACUGGACUAUAAUGGAUUCGAAAUAAUGUAAAACAAAUUUUAGUAGGCGUACGGGAACGCGACGUUAAAAACCUAACCCAUUUUUUGAUGUUUUGCUUUGACGUUGACAAUUUGUAUCACACUGCCAAACAAUGAAUGUGUAAGCCUAUUUUGCAUUAUUUUCACAAGCAUUCUGGAUAAAUGUGUCGAUUUCAUAUUUUAGUGUAAACAUUCAAAAUUAUUUUCAAAUUGUCUAGUUAUAGAUGAAGGCAACCACAAGCCGCUAUGAACUUGCCUUCUUGCGCUCUCUUGUGAUUGUUAUUAUUCAGGAACAUCUCAAAUAUACAUUGUGACUGUGUGAGUUUAAUGCAAAAAAACAAAAACGAUGAAAAAACAUAACCCAAAAAUCUUGAGUCAUUGUCAUUUUCGUUAUCCCCCUAUUUCGGAGCGUAUAACACCGAAUAAAAAGCUAGUGCAUGAGCGGCAGAGGAUUUCAAAAAUGAGUAGCUCAGGUGCAUAACACUCUAGAGCAGUGGAACGGUAUUGACUAAAGUAUUGACAGGUGGUGGGCAGCACCGAGUUACUCCGAGUAACACAAAUAAGGCACUGCAAAGCGGCUCAGGUGUCUAACAUCAAAUUCGCAAUGAAAAUGUGAAACGCCAAACCGUCCAGCUAAAAGUCAAACAACAAUGGAGAAAAAAAAAGAAAUGUAUUUUGAGCCUUUUCGUUAUCAUGAACGGAUUUUGAAUAAUAGAUCUGUGAAAUAUGAAUCGAAGAUGGAAGCACUACUAGAAAUUUGGAGGAAGUUGCAAAAAUUAGGCGCCGGUACCGAAAAAAAUAUUGCUGCAGAAAUAUUAAACUGGGUUAAACUACACACGUUAAAUAUAGUUCUUUCAGCUGAAUGGAAUAGUUUCAAAAACGAGUACGAGAAAGUUCUUAUCGAGGAAAUAGAAAAAGGAAAGGUAACUAUAUUACAUUACGGAAAAGGUAUUCAAGCAGCAGUUAAAAGACUGAUCGAAGUAGUAAAUAGCCCCUGGGGUAACCCAACGCUCACGAACAUCAUAAAUUCGAACAACAGAUCAAUCUUGUCUGAACAAAUUGAGUUUUUCUAUACGGAGACAGCAUAUCUAAUAUCCAUAAGACUGAAAAAGUUGUGCGAAUCACAUUGUGAAGAUUUGGCGUUGAACCUUGCAACCGUUUUCAUGGAUUGUUGCGCAUCAACUAAAGACAAUUUUUAUGGAACUAAUGACCAGAAAUGGUAUAUUUUCGAUGUUUUUAUAGCUUUGCUACAUAAGUUUCACGGUAAUAACGAAAUUACAGCUAAACUGAGGAAACUUCCGCUUCAAGAAGGAUUGCAGUGCGCAAAACGAUUUGCUAACAAACGUAUCAAGUAUUUGAAGCUAUGGGAAAACAGUCGUGAAAUAGCUAUUGUCGCAUCACAACUGUACAUAUCACAAAUAAUGAAUCAUUAUAACACCAGCUUGAAAUCAACUUUGAAUGGUUUUAUACAAUUAUACAAAUCAAUCUGCAGUACGAAAUACCUUCUGGAAAAGUUUUCUGAAUCCAUGGAUCGCAUAAGCAACUUAGCCGAUUCUACUGAACUAGAAGACCUGUGUGAUACUUUGCGAUUAAACUACGACAGUGCACUUAAGCCUCUUGUAUUGAAAAUCUACGUAAAAAUACUAACAGCUGAUAUGAAUGUAAAAGAAGAACAAGAGGUUAUCAGAGAUACUAAAAUGGUUGAAAAGACAAAUGCAAAGAUAGCAAGAAUAUUAACCAGUUUGGCUGAAUUUUUUGAAGAGCAUGUGAAGGUCACAAGAGAAUGUUUGCUAACAGCUUUCAGUCUCUGUCCCACAGAGGACAGACUAAAACAAAUUGAAAAUUUGGCUAAAUGCAGCGGUUUAGUCGUAUCGGAGGUGAACAUGAAUAAAAAAUGCGGUAACCAGCCUUUGAAUAAUGACGACACAUGUAGCAGUGAAUGGUUAGGUCAGCUAAAGCUAGAUUGGUCCAAGACUAAUAUGGCGUUGAAUGAAGCAAUGCAAUACUCUGCCUUAGGUAUCCCUGAAACACUGUGUGAUGAUCUAUUAGUGUGCAUAUCAAGUCCUCGUAACAAAAUAUUCCACUGGCUUUUGCCCUGGAAUGACCUGCAUAGAUUGUGCGUGAUGCACCUGAACAACCCCCAAGCUACCAAGAUUGCCGUUAAAGAGCUAAAGUACGUUAAAAUUGACUAUUCUGCAUUUAAAGAUAUGAAACGUGAGCCAAUAAACUAUUUCGAAGGCAUUGAAAAUGGUUACGAGCAUUACAUAUAUGCAGAUUUUGGGAUAAAGGUUCCAAAGCAUCACGUUUCGAGUAAAAAAGGAAAAUCCUCUGAGAACAGUGAUACUGAGAUCAAUGAAGUAAUCAUGGCUAGUAAAGGAAGGGUGAAUCUGAAGCGACUUCAUUUUACAGCUGAGAGUGAGUUGUGGGAAAAUAAGAAUAUGUGACGUUACAGAAAUGAAACGUUCUUACAUUUUUUGUAUUGAAGUGAUAAACAUAAACCUAAAUUAUAAUGUUGAAAGAAA